GAAGAAGCUUGAGACCAGGGUCAUCGGACCCGGGCUGGCUCUAGAUCUGCCGCUGAAAAGGGACUCAGCAACAAGCUCAACAACAUCAAUGGCGGCGAGAUCGGAACGAAGAGCAGAGAUGCCGAGAUUGAGGCAGCGAGUGAGGAGUUGUUUGGCCUGUCCCUAACGCUCCAGAGCAACAAAUUUUUUUUUCACAGCUGCCUUUCGAAGACCAUCGUCUACUUCCUGAACUUCCAACUAUCGCCACCACCACCAGCAGCUCAAAACGCAGCGUUUCAUGGAAGCUCCAACUCCGCCUUCGCCUACAGAGCUCGACGCGGCGGAGAGGAUUAUUCUUCUGUGGGACUCGACGGCCUCUGAAGAAGCCAGGGAACGAAUGAUAUUCGAAGGCCACCGCGACGAAGUCGAUCGCUACUUGCAGGCCGUUGAUGAAAUCCAACGCUCCAUGUCCUCCGCCUCCCUCGUCUCCGUCGACGACCAGACCAAGCUUAACUCUGCCAUCCAGAUCGCCAUGGCGAGGCUCGAGGACGAGUUCCGCAACAUCCUCCUCAACCACACCUCUCCCAUCGAGCCUGACUCGCUCACCUGUCGCAGGGUCUGGGCAGCGCCUCCACGUUCUGCUUCACGAAGAGACGGCCGCGACCAUCCCCGAUGGAGAAGGCGGAGCCCACCAAGGCAUCCAUUCAACAGAGGUUGCAGAGGUUGGUCAUGCUCAACACCACAACCGCCAUGGCUUGCUCGGCAUGUUCGAGGUCUCGAGGCUUGCUGCUCCAGAAACGGGUAGUCGCUGGUUUUUCUCUUUUUUUUUUUUUUUUUUUUUAGGAGAUGAGAAAAACCAGAAGGAUGGCUAUUAUUGUCGAGCACCAUCAGCAUCAUCACAAUCUAUUGGAACCAUAUAAAUUGGUAGAAUCAGCACCAAUCUACCAAAAUCCUACAGGUGUUUGAAUAAAUGCGUGAGAGAGCUAGACUGGUACAGAAAAAUUGGGUUUUCCUCGUAGGUCUCCAUCUGGAACCAGAGAGACAAACUCGGUGAGUGAGGUGGCCAAGUAGUUGCAGGGUUGUGGGUGUGAUUAGCAAAACAACAAGGGGGAAGAAGAUGGAGAUAAAUUUGCUAAGAACACCCAUUUGGUGUUUGUUUUCUGAUUAUGGAGUUGAGAUUCCUGAUAACAGAAGGUUGUGCCUCUGAGACACAAAACAAAGAAGAGACAGAGAGAAGAAACCAGAAGCAGAGAGA